AGCUGUGUGGGAGCAGCGGCUCUGACUGUAUUUGUUGUGUGCACGCUGCAUCUCUUGUCUGAAGGGAAGACAGAAAGGGUUGGGGCUCAUCCUAGACCAGGUAAAUCAGGAGGAUGAGUCGCACUGUGUCUAAAUUAUUAUUCUUCACCGCUGGAAUGAUGAUGGGAUUUCUUUCCAUUCGCUUUCUGUCGGACCCAAACUUUUCAACAGAAGUAGGGUCAUAUUUCAUGAGGGCUGUAAAGCAUGAGGUCAAACACGGUUUACAGCAUGUACAUACAGUUAAGAACAAGAGCUCGGCAGAUAAUUCCCCUCACACAACACGGAUCUUGUGCUGGAUCAUGACGGGCCCCAACAACUUGGAAUCUCGCACCAAGCACAUCAAGGAAACAUGGGCCAAGCGCUGCAACAAAGUGCUGUACAUGAGCUCCGUCAAGACUGACUUCCCCACUGUGGAGCUGAACGUGAGCGAGGGGAGGGACAACCUGUACUGGAAGACCAUCCGAGCCUUUCAGUAUGUCCACCAGCACCACCUGGACCAAGCAGACUGGUUCCUGAAGGCAGAUGAUGACACCUUCGUGGUCAUGGAGAAUCUACGCUACAUCUUGUCCAAAUAUGAUCCAGAAAAGCCGUUAUACCUGGGCAGAAGGUUUACCCCCUUCAUCAGGCAAGGCUACAUGAGUGGAGGAGCAGGUUAUGUCCUCAGUAAGGAAGCACUGAGGAGAUUUGUCACAGGGUUUAAUACUGGGCAAUGCACCCACUUCUCCACCUUAGAGGACAUGGCUCUGGGCAAAUGUAUGGAGACGAUGGAGGUGAAGCCCGCUGACUCCAGAGAUGUGAAGGGGAGACAAACAUUUCAUCCUUAUCCUCCAGACCAUUACCUGGUCAGACAGCCCCCAAGACCACGGCCUUGGUAUCUGAUUUACGACCACUAUACUCCAGUAGAGGGUCCAGGUUGCUGCUCAGAUUUUGUUGUGUCCUUUCACUACAUUUAUCCUGUCCAGCAGUACGUUUUGGAGUACCUGACGUACCACCUGCGGCCGUAUGGAUACAAGUACAGAUUUAAUCCGGAUAGUGAAGAAGAAUUUAACACAACAACUAUGUCCACAUAAAAUGUUGGAGUGCGCACAACAACCUCUGCACUAAUUGGAAGAGGGGUCAGGUGUAUCAGCAGGUUUUAGAGCCAAGCUUAACUUUUUUUUUUUUACCAUAAUAUGUUUAGUUCUCCCCCACCAUUAACUUUAUAAUUUCAGAUUUUGUAAAAGAUGUUUUGAUUCCCUCCACCUGCUCAAGUUUUCCUACCCAGGUCUGAUUUCAACUGUGAGAACUUUGUUCAUGAUGUUUGGGUGUGUGAGUGGGUCUGUUUUACUAAGCUGUUACUUUGUAUGACAUAAGAAACAAAGAAAUGUAAGGAAAUAUCCAAUUUUAACAUGAAAAGAGCCUUCAAUCUGUCUUCCUUAUUUUGGUCUUACAGUGGCAAUGCUACUGUAUUUUAAGAAUCAUGUCUGUGUUUUCUGUGUAUAUUCUAAGUUGUCAGAAAGAAAGUGUAGAAAAGAAUGAA